CUUCGCCGGCGCUCCUAAUGGUCCACAUCUAUCUCCCCUAGUUCUAUCAUAUUGCGCUUCUUUAAUUACCCCCGAUUUCCUGUAAUUUGAUUCUUCAUCUUUUUAUUUUUCUAAGCACAUAGUCAAGUUUGCUUUUUUCUAACCUAUGAACCACAAUUGCUCGUUGUUCGUGCACGUUGAAAGCUCUUAUAUACCCCUGGCUCGGCUCAUCUAAGUGGCUAAUCUGCCCUCAUUUCCGUUUUGCGGCUCUCGUCACUGAAAAAGAACAACAACAAUUCCAACUGAAUCACCACCAUAUCAUCUCAUAACAAAUUCCUAAAAAUUAUAAAUUUAUGACCAUGUUAACCUACGACAACCCCGUUGCUGUGAACGGAAAUUGUUCAUCUGCAGCUAGCAUGGCCGCGACGAUGAACACUAUGGCGUCGAACCCAAAACCAAUCAACGGUACGGUCGUGCCGGCAACGUCGAAUAACUCUAUUCCGAGGGUUAACGGCCACUCAGCGCCCAAGUACCACCAUAUUUGGCUAGUUACCGGCCCCGCCGGUUGCGGAAAGAGUACCGUUGCGAAACAUAUAUCAACAGCCCUAAACUUACCCUACAUUGAGGGCGACGAGUUUCAUCCGAAAGCAAACAUCGAGAAGAUGGGCAAUGGCAUACCUCUGACAGAUGCCGAUCGAUGGGACUGGCUGACGCUUCUGCGAGAGGAAUCGCUCAGACAGCUUGCGUCCGGUGCUGAGGGGGUCGUGCUCACAUGCUCGGCUCUUAAGCGCAAGUACCGAGACGUUAUUAGAGUGGCCCCUUACUAUUCGCACGACGUUGUACUUCAUUUCAUUUACCUCCAUGCUCCAGAAGAUGUUCUUCUCAAACGUGUUGGGUUAAGACAGGGUCACUACAUGGGGGCCAACAUGGUUCACAGCCAAUUCUCGAUUCUGGAACCGCCAACAGCAGAAGAGACGGACGUGAUAAGUGUCGAUGUGAGUGGACCGAUAGAUGAGGUUCUGAGGGAUGCACUGGGCGAGGUUCUUGAAAAGAUCGACGAAACUGCAUCAAGCUAGCAUGAAGCCGACAUGGAAAGGGAUAACAUGACACGAGAAGAGACAUGGACCAGUAGGCGCAACAGCAAGCGGCAGAGAUAUCACAAGGAUUAGCGUUACCCCUUCAUAUGAGUUCCGGAGUUGGUCUUAUCAUUCACUUUGGCGUAAGCAUAGAAACGUUGGGAUGAUUGCAUUACGCAAGCAGCGUGAGCUGCCGUACAGGAGUUUUUGGGGAUAUAUCUAUCUCAUUGGUUUAUAGAAGAACAAUAUUAGAUGGACUAUAUGUUCUAUACGAAGCGAUUGUAGGAUUCGCCGAGCUGCA